AGCGAUUUAACACUGGGAAUAGUUAUGAACUCGAGGGUUUAUGUGGUUGUGGGGCUCAUUGUCGGUUUUGCUGCUCCCAGAAUAGUGAUUAUGAUCCGCAGCACAAAACCCAAAUGAUCACAGAUCGAAAGGCAAAAUGGAGUCGACAGAGCCCGGUAAUACAACACACACACGUUAUCGCUACAGUCGCAUAAUUGCAGAUCAGAACUGCUGAAGGCAGAGCUGAGCAGUACGAGGAAAUACUGCCGCAAUUGAGGCAGAAAACACUACAAAUUGUCCUCUAACCAAGGCUUUACGGAUAUAGAAUGCCGUGGAAGAAGCAGGCCGAGAAGAAGCCGUGGGGAACGGGGAGGCUGUGGCACAGCUGCUGAGGUCUGAUUGGCUGCCGGGGUCGGCAAGGUGCGGCAGAUGUGGCUGGUGCGCGCCUCCUCCGCGCUCUCCGGAGCUCGGGUUCUUCCUUUUAUUUCAACUUCCUCGUUUUCGUCCCUCUCCCGCUCUCAUCCUUCCUCUUCCUCCUUGGUUCUCCACCUGAUCGUCUACACAAUGGUUCUUCUCACUCGCUCCGCUUUCUCGACCGUCCAGCGUCGUGCUUUCUCCUCCACCUCGGCUACCGCCUACAAGGUCGCCGUCCUCGGUGCCGCUGGUGGUAUUGGUCAGCCCCUCUCGCUUCUCUUGAAGCUCAACGACAAGGUCACUGACCUUGCUCUCUACGAUCUCCGUGGUGCUCCCGGUGUCGCUGCCGAUGUCUCCCACGUCCCCGCCAACUCGACCGUUACUGGUUACCUUCCCGAUAACGGUGGACUCGAGAAGGCUCUUACCGGUGCUGACGUUGUCGUCAUCCCUGCCGGUAUUCCCCGUAAGCCCGGUAUGACCCGUGAUGACUUGUUCAACACCAACGCCUCCAUCGUCCGUGAUCUCGCCAAGGCGGUUGCCGACUACGCUCCCAAGGCUUUCACCUGCAUCAUCUCCAACCCCGUCAACUCCACUGUCCCAAUUGUGUCGGAGGUCUUCAAGUCCAAGGGUGUCUACGACCCCAAGCGUCUUUUCGGUGUCACCACCCUCGAUGUUCUCAGAGCCUCCCGCUUCAUCUCGCAGGUCAAGGGAACCAAGCCCGAGGAUGAGCCCGUCACCGUCGUUGGUGGCCACUCCGGUGUCACCAUCGUUCCUCUGAUCUCCCAGUCGAAUCACCCCGACAUCUCGGGCGAGACCCUCGAUGCUCUUACUCACCGUAUCCAGUUCGGUGGUGAUGAGGUCGUCAAGGCCAAGGAUGGUGCUGGCUCGGCUACUCUCUCCAUGGCCCAGGCUGCCGCCCGUUUCACCAACUCGCUGCUUUCUUCGCUCUCUGGCACCCCCGUCACUGAGCCUACCUUCGUUGACUCUCCUCUCUUCAAGAGCGAGGGAAUUGAGUUCUUUGCUUCCAAGGUUACUCUCGGCCCCAGCGGUGCUGAGACUAUCCAUGAUCUUGGAUCCAUCAGCCCUUACGAGGAGAAGCUUGUCGAGGCCUGCAAGGUCGACUUGAAGAAGAACAUUGCCAAGGGCAUCACCUUCGUCAAGGAGAACCCUUAAAUGCUCAAACUGAUGUCAUGAAAUUCUCAUUUGUCACGUAAGACUUUAGAAUAACAAUCAAUCCAGUUUUCAAGAUUUGAUACUGCAAUACAAUUUAAAUGCAAAGUUUUUGAAUAAAAACU